AUGGGACCGACGGGACACCUGGUGACCAUCAAGAGGAGCGGGGUCGACGGCCCCCACUUUCCACUGAGCCUGAGAACCUGCUUGUUUGGAAGGGGUAUCGAAUGUGACAUCCGUAUCCAGCUUCCUGUAGUGUCAAAACAACAUUGCAAAAUUGAAGUCAAAGACCAGGAAGCAAUAUUGUAUAAUUUAAGUUCCACAAAUCCAACACAAGUAAAUGGAUCUGCUAUUGAAGAACCGGUACAACUGAAACAUGGAGAUGUAAUAACUAUUGUUGAUCGAUCUUUCAGGUAUGAAAAUGAAAGUCGUUCGAAUGAAAGCAAGUCAACGGAAUUUCCAGGACAAAAAUAUGAACAGAAACCAUCACGUCGUGUCUCAAGAUCUAGCUUCUCUUCUACCCCUGAUAAGUGUGAGGGGAUGUCUUUGACAAGAAGGCGUGUGUCCUUUGGUGGUCAUCUGAGACCUGAGUUAUUUGAUGAAAACUUGCCUCCCAAUACACCUCUCAAAAGAGGAGAAACUCCGAGCAAACGACAGUCUCUGGUAGCUCACACUCCAACUGUCCUGAAGAAAAUUAUCAAGGAGCAGCCUCAACCAACAGGAAAAGAAGAGUCUUUGGAAAUCUCUUUGGAAGGGACUGCACAAAAUGUGUUUAUGAGCUCUCCAGCUCCCAGUCCUGGGAAGACUUCUCCAGCUGCGAGUGAUCAGAGGCAAAGGUCACGCAAGGCAUCCCCCAUCUCUAGUAGGGGCAAAUCACCUCAUCAGACAGAUGUUCCUAGGGGAGGCGGGAGGAAGAGCGGCAACUUGCCUGCGAAGAGAACUUCCAUCGGUCGAAGCAAGCAUGACAUUUUACAGAUGAUUUGUUCCAAAAGAAGGAGUGGUGCUUCUGAAGCCAACCUGAUUGUUGCAAAAUCAUGGGCAGAUGUAGUAAAACUUGGUGCAAAACAAACACAAACGAAAGUCAUAAAGCAUGGCCCCCAGAGGCAGCCGAACAAAAGACGGAGAAGACCUGACACUCCGAAGAAGCCUAUGGGCAGUGUUCACAAUCAGUUUAGCACAGGCCACGCAAAUUCUCCUUGUACCAUAGUAAUAGGGAAGGCUCACGCUGAGAAAGUCAACAUGCCUGCUCGGCCCUACAGAAUGCUGAACAGCUUUGUUUUCAACCAAAAAAUGGACCUUAAGGAGGAUCUUUCAGGGAUCACUGAAAUGUUCAAGACUCCAGAGAAGGAAACAUCACAGAUGCUGAGCACAAGGCCCGUCACCCUUUCAUAUUCAGAGAAUUUGCUUGGAGAAAAGUUUCCAGCAGCUGAUUCAGGAGAAAACCCUCUGCUACCCACUUCGGGGAGUUUGGGAGAAAAUGUGUUCUCCAAAAUUCAGAUUGCAGCAGAAGAGCUCUCUGAUAAAUGUUCUGCAAGUCCUACUUUAGGACAGCAGUGUAUAAAUAAAAGUGAAAAUGCAGUGAAAACACCUAGGAACAUAUAUAAAAUGACAGAUGUGGAGAUGAAAACCCCAGAUGCUGACAGAGAGCCUUUGAAGACAGUAUCCAGUGCAAACAAGUUAAGAAGAUCUAUGGUGCUCAGAAAGACACAGGUGCCCCCUACAGAAAGUAGCAAUGAAGAAACAAAAGCUGCCGCUGCUGAGACCAUCACAGGCAGAAGUCCCAGGAAGAUGCCAGUACAGGGAAAGAAAGCGGAGGGAGAGAUGGAGGGAAGUGAGAGGCCUCUUGAAACUUAUGAGGAAGAUAUCCAGUCAAAAGAAAAUUCUGAAAAGAGGAUGCCUGUCAGGAGAUCAAGAGGAACUUGGGGACAGACGUGUGCACCAGCAGCAGACCUGGCAGUUCUCAAGAGGCUGCACGAUGCAGAACCCAUGAAAGACCUGUCAGAGAGCCAAGGGCUUCUCCAAACACCAGAUCGCACCGAGGAACUGAUGAAUGAGGAGGACAAAACCUCUAAAAUCCCCUGCAAACCUCCACAACCAGCACCAGUUGACACCCCCGCAAGCACAAAGAGACAGCUUAGGACACCCCUGGGGCAAGUGGAUGUGACAGAAGAGCUCUCAGCAGUCAGGAAGCGCAAACAUCGCUCAGGGGAAACCACACUCACACACACAGAACCCAUAGGGGAUGGUAAAGGCAUCAAAGUGUUUGAGGAAACUCCAAAACAGAAACAUAACCCCACAGAAUAUGCAACUGGAAGGAAGACAUGGCCACGAACUCCUAAGGAAAAGACCCGACCCCUAGGAGGCCUGCUAGGCUUCAAAGAGCAAUUCCAAACAUCAGAAUGCACCGAAGACCCCAUGACCGAUGACAAAGUUACUAAAGUACCCUCCAAAUUUCCACAGUCAGAACCAGCAGACACCCUGAUAGCCAUGAAAACACAGCCCAAGAUACCUCUGGGGAAAGAGGAUGUAGAGGAAGAGCUCUCAGCGCUGACAAAGCUAACGCAGACAUCAGGGAAGGUCACGUGCUCACCCAAAGCACCAGCCGGUGAUAAAGGCUUCAAAGCUUUUAAGGGAUCUGCAAAGCAGAACCUGGAUCGAGCAGCAAAUAUAACUGCCAGCAGGAGACGUCAUAGAGCACCUAAGCAAAAGACCCUUCCUCUAGAAGAUCUGGCUGGCUUCAAAGAGCUCUUUCAAACACCUGGUCAAGAUGAGCAAUCAAAGCCUGGUGGCAAAACCAGUAAAACGCCCUGCAGGUCUCCACAAUCAGAACCAGCAGGCACCCCAAGAAGCACAAAGAGAUGGCUCAAGACAAAUGUGGGGAAGGUGGAUGUGAAAGAAGAGCUCUCAACACUGAGGAAGCUAAUGCAAGCAUCAAGGGAAACUCUGCACACACCCAGUGUGCCAGAAGGCGAGGAUAAAGGCAUCAGAGCAUUAAUGAGAAGUCCAAAGCAGAAACUUUAUCCAGAAGAAAAUUUAACUGAAUGUACAAGACAGCUGAGAACACCUAAGGAGAAGGCCCUUCUCCUAGAAGACCUGGCUGGCUUCAAAGAGCUCUUUCAAACACCCAGUCAAGCUGGGCAACCAAUGGCUGAUGGCAAAACCAGUAAAACAACCUGCAAAUCUCCACAACCAGAACCAGUCAAAACCCCAGCAAGCUCAAAGAGACGGCUCAAGACAAGCAUGGUGAAAGUGGAUGUAGAAGAAGAGCUCUUAGCCCUCAGGAAGCUAACGCAAGCAUCAGGCAAAGCCAUGCAAAUGCCCAAAAUAUCAGUGGGUGAUGAGAAUGACAUCAAAGCAUUUAUGGGAACUCCAAAGCAGAACCUAGACCUGGCAGAAAAUUUAACAGGACAUAAGAGACAGCCAAGAACACCGAAGGAAAAGGCCGUUCCCCUGGAAGACCUGGCUGGCUUCCAAGAUCUAUUUCAAGCACCUGAAGGCACCAGAGAGCCCGAGACUGAUGAUAAACCUAAAAUACACUACAAAUCUCCACAACCAGAACCAGUGAAAACCCCAGCAAGCUCAAAGAGAUGGCUCAAGACAAGCAUGGUGAAAGUGGACAUAGAGGAAGAGCUCCCAGCACUGAGGAAGCUAACGCAAGCAUCAGGGGUGAUCGCAUACUCACCCAAAGCACCAGCAGGUGAUAAAGGCUUCACAGACUUGAAGGAAUCUGCAAAGCAGACCCCGGACUCAGCAGCAAGUGCAACUGGCAGCAAGAAAAGGCCAAGAGCGCCUAAGGAAAAGGCCCCUCCCUUGGAAGACUUGACUGGCAUCAAAGAGCUGUUUCAAACAUCAUGUCAAGGUGAGCAACCAGUGACUGAUGAAAAACCCAGUAAAAUACCCUGCAAAUCUCCACAACCAGAACCAGUAGACACUCCAACAAACACAAAGAGACAGCUCAGGACAAGUCUCGGGAAAGUGGAUGUAAAAGAAGAGCUCUCAGCACUGAGGAAGCUAACGUGGACAUUAGAGGAAAGUAUGCACACACCCAGUGUGCUAGCAGAUGAUAAUAAAGGCAUCAGAGUGUCUAAGGAAUUGGCAAAGCAGAAACUGGACCCAGCGGAAAACGUAACUCCCAGCAAGAGACAGCCAAGAGCACCUAAAGAAAGGUCUCAACUGCUGGAGGACCUGGCUGGCUUCAGAGAGCUCUUCCAGACACCAGAUCAUACUGAGGAAUCAAUGUCUGAUGGCAAAACCACUAAAAUACCCUGCAAAUUUUCACAACCAGAACCAGUCAAAACCCCAGCAAGCUCAAAGAGACGGCUCAAGACAAACAUGGUGAAAAUGGAUGUAGAAGAAGAGCUCUUAGCCUUCAGGAAGCUAACGCAAGCAUCAGGCAAAGCCAUGCAAACGCCCAAAAUAUCAGUGGGUGAGGAGAAUGACAUCAAAGCAUUUAUGGGAACUCCAAAGGAGAACUUGGAUCUGGCAGAAAAUUUAACUAGACAUAAAAGACAACCAAGAACACCGAAGGAAAAGGCCGUUCCCCUGGAAGACCUGGCUGGUUUCCAAGAUCUAUUUCAAGCACCUGAAGGCACCAGAGAGCCCGAGACUGAUGAUAAACCUAAAAUAUGCUCCAAAUCUCAACCAGAACCAGUGAAAACCCCAGCAAGCUCAAAGAGAUGGCUCAAGACAAGCAUGGUGAAAGUGGACAUAGAGGAAGAGCUCCCAGCACUGAGGAAGCUAACGCAAGCAUCAGGGGUGAUCGCACACUCACCCAAAGCACCAGCAGGUGAUAAAGGCUUCACAGACUUGAAGGAAUCUGCAAAGCAGACCCUGGACUCAGCAGCAAGUGUAACUGGCAGCAAGAAAAGGCCAAGAGCGCCUAAGGAAAAGGCCCCUCCCCUGGAAGACUUGACUGGCCUCAAAGAGCUCUUUCAAACACCAGGUCAAGGUGAGCAACCAGUGACUGAUGAAAAACCCAGUAAAAUACCCUGCAAAUCUCCACAACCAGAACCAGUAAACACUCCAACAAGCACAAAGAAACAGCUCAGGACAAGUCUUGGGAAAGUGGAUGUAAAAGAAGAGCUCUCAGCACUGAGGAAGCUAACGCGGACAUUAGAGGAAAGUAUGCACACACCCAGUGUGCUAGCAGAUGAUAAUAAAGGCAUCAGAGUGUCUAAGGAAUUGGCAAAGCAGAAACUGGACCCAGCGGAAAAUGUAACUCCCAGCAAGAGACAGCCAAGAGCACCUAAAGAAAAGUCUCAACCGCUGGAGGACCUGGCUGGCUUCAGAGAGCUCUUCCAGACACCAGGUCAUACUGAGGAAUCAAUGUCUGAUGGCAAAACCACUAAAAUACCCUGCAAAUUUUCACAACCAGAACCAGUCAAAACCCCAGCAAGCUCAAAGAGACGGCUCAAGACAAACAUGGUGAAAGUGGACGUAGAAGAAGAGCUCUUAGACUUCAGGAAGCUAACACAAGCAUCAGGCAAAGCCAUGCAAACGCCCAAAAUAUCAGUGGGUGAGGAGAAUGACAUCAAAGCAUUUAUGGGAACUCCAAAGGAGAACUUGGACCUGGCAGAAAAUUUAACUAGACAUAAAAGACAACCAAGAACACCGAAGGAAAAGGCCGUUCCCCUGGAAGACCCGGCUGGUUUCCAAGAUCUAUUUCAAGCACCUGAAGGCACCAGAGAGCCCGAGACUGAUGAUAAACCUAAAAUAUGCUCCAAAUCUCAACCAGAACCAGUGAAAACCCCAGCAAGCUCAAAGAGAUGGCUCAAGACAAGCAUGGUGAAAGUGGACAUAGAGGAAGAGCUCCCAGCACUGAGGAAGCUAACGCAAGCAUCAGGGGUGAUCGCACACUCACCCAAAGCACCAGCAGGUGAUAAAGGCUUCACAGACUUGAAGGAAUCUGCAAAGCACACCCCGGACUCAGCAGCAAGUGUAACUGGCAGCAAGAAAAGGCCAAGAGCGCCUAAGGAAAAGGCCCCUCCCCUGGAAGACUUGACUGGCCUCAAAGAGCUCUUUCAAACACCAGAUCAAGGUGAGCAACCAGUGACUGAUGAAAAACCCAGUAAAAUACCCUGCAAAUAUCCACAACCAGAAAUAGUCAAAACCUCAGCAAGCACAAAGAGGCGGCUCAAGACAAGUGUGGGGAAAGUAGACAUGAAAGAAGAGUUCUCAGCACUAAAGAAACUCAGACAAACUUCAGGAGAGACUAAGCACUCACUGAAGGCACGAGCAGGCGAUGAAAACAUUAUCAGAAUGCCUAAAGAAUCUGCCAAGCAGAAACGGGACCCAGCAGCAAAUGUGACUGCCAGCAAGAGACAGCCAAGAGCACCUAAAGAAAAGGCUCAACCCCUGAAAGGCCUGGCUGGCUGCAGAGAGCUCUUUCAGACACCAGGGCACACUGAGGAACUGAGAAAUGAAGCUGAGAGUCUUAAGAGCACUCCACAGCAAACUCCUGGCAGGUGGAAACCUCUCAAGGUAUUGAGAAGAGUUAUCAGGGCCCCUAAAGUAAAACCUGUGGAAGACUUGGUGGGCCCCAGAGACCCUGUACAAUCACAAAGGAAAAGCAACACUCCCCAGUCCCCUAAGAGGAAAUGCGGAAAAGAUACAGGUGUCAGAGGGACCAAGAGGCAGCGCUGUGUGACCACUCCACUGGAAAUUGCAGAGAAGCCAGUCAAGAAGAAACAGAGGACUUCUCCCGGGGAGAGGUGCCAAUCCCCUGAACCCUUGGUGAUAAUGAAGAAAAGUCUCAGGAAGUUUGCAAAAAGGAUUGAGCCUGUCGAAGAUCUGAGCAGCAACAUGAAAACUGAAAAAAAGGAGCCCAAAGUAGGAGACUCAGUCACUCCAAAUAAGGGAAUGUCCCUGCGUCCCAGACGCCAAAAUAAAACUGAUGUAGAACAGCAGAGACCUGAGAUUCUUGUAUCCGAAGAAAAGAUUAAAAUAAAGAUAAAUGAAAAGAAGUCCAUGAAGCGCUCCCAAGAGGUAGAGCCACGACCCCCAGAUGAGGGAGCCAAGAAACCCACAUCCACGAGCAAAGUCAGCGAGAGUAGAAUGUGCUUGAGAUCCUCCGGAAGGCAGGAUAAGAUCCCCCAGCCGAACACAGACACCGCAGAGAAGAAAAUACAGGAGAAAAGUGUGGGAGUCCCCAGGAAGGACCAAAAAGAGAAAGGAGGAGCAGGGGAUUCAGACGUCAUAUGUUUGAGAUCAAGAAAGAUUGCUGUACAUCCCAGAGUGGACACUUCGAAGAGUGAAUCUGAGCAGAGGGUGACAAGGCGUGUCAAGAGAUGUGCAGAACACCCAAAGACGGAUAAGGACGCUGCGUGCAUCAAGAAAAUAAGAACCAGAAGCCAUCGGGACAGUAAAGACAUUUAGCAAAGAGAUUUAAAAG